AUAACUUCACAGGAUUCUGACAACAAAGUAGUGUAUGACCUUAAACUACGAUUGAUACCAAGUACAUGUCAUUUACCAUUCGACACAGACGUAUAGAAACAUAUAAUAACAAUUAGCCCUAAUAAUUUCAACUCAUUUUGUGUCUGACUUUUUUAAACUUUUACCUUGUUAACUCACAAAAUGACGGAAAGUGACUGCAACAGCCCGAGUCCCGAAACAUGCGAAGAUUCUAGAUCAGCGUACAGAAAGAGUAACAAACCGUUGAUGGAAAAACGUCGAAGAGCCCGAAUAAAUACCUGCCUGUCCGAGUUGAAAAGCCUCGUUCUUCAAGCCAUGAAGAAAGACAACGCUCAGUAUUCUAAACUAGAAAAAGCUGAUAUACUAGAAUUAACAGUUAAACAUCUUCGAACUAUUCAAAGACAUCAAAUGACAGCCACCAUCAAUAACGGCUCCAACGUCAUACACAAAUAUAGAGCUGGAUUUAAUGAAUGUGCUAACGAAGUGAUGCGAUACCUGACUUCCGUUCCUGGCGUACAAGAUGAAGUGAAAGGUCGUGUUUUGGGACAUUUGGCUAACUGUAUGCAGACCGUUAACUCGGCCCCAGUUUCUAACAGACGUCUUCAAACGCCAUCUACAGUAUUACAUCCGUCCCAGAUGCAACAUUCGUCAUUAAUGUCGACUUCCGGUCCCGAAAACCCAACAGCAUUUCAUCCCAUAUUGAGGGACCAGAACAGUCAACUAACAGCAAGCGUUUCUUGCUUUACGUCAACUCCGGUUCAACUAGUCCAAACGCCGGGUCCUUCUGCACCCGUUGCUUUUGUCCUUACCUCUCCGUCAUCCGUUCAAGCUGUGUCGCUGUAUGCCUCGCCUAACAACAGCGUCAAGAUGGAUGCCGUUGUCAAGGAAGAACGCCCUACUUAUCAUCCAUGUUCCAAUAUUUAUAUUGAUGAUAAACAAAGUGCUUUCAAAGACUUCACACAAGCGUCACAUUCUAAAUCUCCCACCGUACCCAUGCCAAUUGAAAUAAAGCAGAGCAACGAACCAGUAUGGCGCCCCUGGUAACCGGAUAGGUACUACCAUUUCAACUAUUCCAAAGUGCUUUAAUUUACACGCUUCCAACCAUUGUGUGCCGAGCGUUAGUUGCCUGUGUGUGAUAAUGACAUAUUAUGUGCUUUAUGCACAAAUACAAACAUCAGUAAAUUGUACACUUUGAUUCCCAUCUCUUUUUUAUUUGUUUUGUUAUUAAAAUAUAUCACUGUUACCAAAA